AUGGAGUUUCAUCUCCCACUCAUCUUCGCUAUUCUCAGUCUAGCAGCGGUUGCACUGGCAAACCAUGCUGCUCAACCAGCACCUCAACUUUACUGGAACUCCGUCCUGCCAAACACACAGAUGCCAAGAUCUAUCAGUGAACUUCUGCAUCCUGACUCCACAAAUGAAGAAAAGGGCAAUGGAAAGGGCAAACCUGAAAGUUUCCCAUUGGGCAAUAGACAUUACACUCAAAGCCAUUAUGGAAAGGGUCCUCCUCCAUCUGACGAGGGCAAACCUGAAAGUUUCCCAUUGGGCAAUAGACAUUACACUCAAAGCCAUUAUGGAAAAGGUCCUCCUCCAUCUGACGAGGGCAAACCUGAAAAACUCCCAUUUUCAAGUUACAGUCUAAAAACGUAUGGAAGUCCUCCUCCAUACGUUCAAAAAAAUUAUGGACCGGGCGUUAAACGUUACACUCAAAGACGGUAUAGAAGAGCUCCUCCUCCAUCUGACAAUCAACUACUCCAUUAUAAAGAGUUAGCUAUUUUCUUCUUCGAGAAGGACAUGAGCCCUGGCGCAACAAUGAAGUUCCAAUUCCCUAGAAGUUCAAACACGGCUACUUUCCUGCCACGCGAAAGUGCUCAAUCGAUCCCCUUCUCCUCUAACAAACUACCAGAAAUUUUCAACCAUUUUUCAUUGAAGCCAACAUCUGUGGAAGCCAAAACAAUUAAGGAAACAAUCGAAGAGUGUGAAGCUCCAGGCCUUAAGGGAGAGGAAAAAUAUUGCGCCACAUCUUUAGAAUCAAUGGUUGAUUUUAGCACUUCGAAGCUUGGAACAAGAAACGUUGAAGCAGUCUCGACGGAGGUAUUGGAAAGAGGAGCCACCAUGUCCAUGCACAACUAUACCACAAUGCCGGGACUGAAGAAGUUGGCAGGUGACAAAGUCGUUGUGUGUCAUAAGGAGAACUAUCCCUAUGCUGUGUAUUUCUGCCAUGCAAUAAAACAAACAGCAGCUUAUGUUCUCUCCCUGAAAGGCGAUGAUGGGGAGAAGGUUAAAGCAGUAACCAUCUGCCAUCUAGACACAUCAGAAUGGGACCCAGAGCAUUUGUCCUUCCAAAUCCUCAACGUUAAGCCCGGAACCGUUCCCAUCUGCCAUUUCAUUUCCACUGAUGCUAUUGCCUGGGUUCCAAAACACAAAUCUGCAUGA